AUGGCAGGAGGAUACACCUGUUCCCAGUGCCUUCAGGUGCUCCGGCAAGGUGCCCGGGCCGCCGGUUCCCCAGCUCGCCUGCAGAGUCUGGCCCAUUCCCGCCGACGAUGCCCCGUCUCCCCGUCGUGGACUCGCAGCUUCGGCUCCGAGCGCAGCACAACCCGCUCCCUGGGCCCCAAUGCCGCAGAGCAGAGCAGUGGCGUGUCUAGCAAACCAGCCCAGCUCCCCAAGUUGCCUGCCUCCUCCAAGCUCUUCUCGCAGCGCGCAGCCUCGACCUCCGUCGACUCGAACGCCCUCCUGAAACCAAACAACCUGUUCCACUCCUUCUCGAACUCGCCCUCGCCCGCAAUUCGCCAGCGCGCCGCCUUUAUCAAACAAAAUGCCUUCUGCCCGCACCCAAGCCAUCAACAGACGCGCGCCCCGGCUUCGCCGCACGACCCGGAAGCCCGGAAGACGGCCGACACCGAAACCAGCGCGCCGCCAGCACACUCGCAUUUCGAAUGCCCGGACUGCGGCGUGCCGAUCUACUGCUCGGAGGGCCACUGGAUGGACGACUUCGAGGCGCAUCUGGAAGUGUGUGAGACGCUGCGGCAGAUCAACGAGGAUGACCACGAUCUGCACUCUGGCCGCUUCUUCCCAGAAUUCUCGUACCCCGGGGUGCAGGAUGACAAUUUUGUGAUCAACAUGACGAACUGGGAUACAUAUAUGUAUACCCGCGAGUUCGAGGCUAUCAAUUCGGACCGCUCCAUGCGCCAGGUGACCCGGAUGCUCACGUACCCGCAGACCAUUGCGAGCGUGCUGCAUGAGCUGAGCCCGUAUAGUGUUCGUGGGAAAAACCGCCUGACGGCCGAGGGAUUGAAGAGCUUGAGUGCCCUCCGCUACUCACUGCACCCGCCCAAGACAGGCGAAGACAUCGACGUGAAAGGCCUCCGCCUCAAAGCACCCCCCGUCCGCAUUUUCAUCCUUGGCGCCCGCGCUGAGUCCUCCCUGCCCCGUGACGUCUGGCUCCAGCUCUCCUACAUGUUCCCCCGCGCCCUGCUGCACCUAGUCUUUAUCGGGCCCGAGGCCAUGGCCAACCGCGACGCGGAGUUCCCACUCCCCGAGCGCACACCCGAAAACCCAUUCGGCGGGAUCGUCGAGGACCGGCUCGGUGGGCAGAUGAAAAUCACUACUUAUGUCGACUACUUCCACACCAUGUACGAAGCGCAGUACUUCCAGCCGUUCGAUCCGUACCUGGACUGCUUCAUGCUGUUCCACCCUGGCCUGGGCCACCCGGCGUCGUCGCACGAGUGGGCAGCGACGCUGCCACAGCUGCUGGAGACCAAGGUGCCGAUUCUGUGCACCGGGUAUACGCAGUGGGACAUGGAGCGGGAUAUCAACUGGGUGCACGAGAAGUGUGCCGGCGAGUUCGACAUGCUGCUCGAACCUGGCGAGAAUGUGUUCCGUAGUCUGCGCUGGGAUCUGAACGAUAUGGAUCCUCAUGAUGUGUCCUGCGGGAACUGGGGGGUGUGGGGAUUCCGUGGCAAGAGAUACGAGGCUACUUUCAAGGCGGAGUAG